GGUGACCCCUGUAGCGAUAAUAAUUACAGACAUCUUAGUGAAAGUGAUCGCACAGUGAGUUCUAGAACAAGUGAUAUUAAAUGUGACGCUGACGACCUUGAAGGUGGGUGGGAAUCUUGGUACAGAGUGUCAGGGGGUGCUGGAAAUGCGUUAGCAGCUGAAACAGUCCCUGCAAAGAGGCAUUGUGGAACAAAAGUCCAAGUUUACCUCGCUCAAAGUCACCCUAUCCCAAGUGAAGGCAUUGUGCAAAGGAAAGUAUGCGGCCAUACAGGGGCUAAUACCUGCAAUAAUCCCCAAUCCAUAGAUGUUGUUAACUGCGGUGCUUUUUACUUGUACAAGCUUGUUAAAUUCAGGGACUGUAACGGCAACGGUAAUGGAUGGCGUUAUUGUACCAACGGGGUACAAGGUAAGUAAGAAGGUAAUUAAUUUAAUUCAUUUCUUGGUUAAUUAAUUAAUCGAGUGAGUAAGUAAGUAAGAAAAUUAAUGGGCGAGUGGGUGAUUAAGUGAGUAAGUUAUUAAGUGAGUGAGUGAGUGAGUAAGUAAGUAACAAUAACAGUAAUAAAGAGGUAUCAGUCUGUUAACAAUAAAGGUCUUUAGUAUACAAUAAGGUAAAAAUAACGUCUAAGUAUAAUGAUUCACGCAAAAUUAAAUAAUCAAACGUUUUCUAUCAAGUUACAUUUUCAGUAAUUCUUUUGUGUUUUUUAACAUAAGAUUAAUAUAUUUGUUAAUGCUCUAAACCCAUAACCCCUUAGAUAAAGCAAGUAACUAGACCAGAAUUAUUAUGGGGAAAAAAGGGGUAAGGGAUGAAGUACUCCAAAUAUGGACAGCAGGUCACUUUUCUCUACAUAUUGGUGUAACAGUCCGAAAUCUACAAGGGGAGAGGUGAUAAUCCUCUCUAGGGAGUGAUAAUCCCCCAGGAUAGUGAGAGGUGAUAAUCCUCUCUUGGGGGUGAUAAUCCCCCAGGAUAGUGAGAAGCUAGGUGAUAAUCCUCUCUAGGGGUUGAUAAUCCCCCAAGGUUGUGAGUGGAGGUGAUAAUCCCCCUUGGGUACUGGAGAGGUGGAAAGACCUCUCUAGAUGUCUAAUUCCCCAGUUUAAGGAGUAACAAGAGUCUAUGGGGCAAAGUGUGACCUGUAUGGGAGCACUUCAUCCCCACAAAUACCCCAAAGGGGUAUUCCCCAUAGACGAAUAACAGGAAUUGUAGGGCUAUUUCCAGAGUCAAAUGUCACUUGAAACAAUGGUCACAUGGUACUUGGACAUUGCGUGUAAGAUUAGACUGGGCAAAUGUCCCAUGGACUAGGUAUCAGCUGAGGACUUAACCAGGAACAGCAGAAAGUUGGUCAGCGGCCUAAGACUUCCUCCACAGCAGAUGAGGAGAUAUGCAAUAAAAAACAACAAAACAAAGGAUCAGUCUGUGAAUUAACCACAAUUAGUUGACUAAUUACACAAUAUGGAUGCAACUGGUGUAUCUAUCAAGUCAGGGCCAGAUACUGAGAUGUGAGAACCCAAUAUAUAUUGACAAAAUUUUUAAACAAUGCUUUAUCAAUAAAUCGGAAUACACAUGCUCAUGGUUGUUGUUUGUAAGCUACCAAAAGUAACUGUAUAAUUUAUGGUUUCAACCCAAUUAUUGAAACAAUGACAAUAGUACAUUCCGAGGCCUCUUGGGGACAACCACAAGAAAAAAGGUUAGCUCCAGAAGAGAGGACUCACCCAAUGAGACCAUUAUCGCGCAACAACAACACAACAACCAGGCUAAAGAGAGGUCCUAAUCCUCUCUCUGGGGUCCUGAUCCUGGUCCUGAUUGUUUUUUUUGUAUUUUGUAUUUUUGUAUUUCUGUAUUUUUUUUUUGUGGUAUUUUUUUUUUAUCUUGUUUUUUUAUUUUUUAUUUAUUUAUUUAUUUUUUUGUUUCUUUUUGUUUUUUUUUUGUUUGUUUGGUGUUUUUUUUGUAGUAUUUUUUAUUAUUUUUUAUUUAUUAUUAUUAUUUGUUAAUUUUUAUUUUUAUUUUUUUUUUUAUAUCUGCGCUUAUAUGUUUUCCCCCUGGGGACAACCACAACAGACCAUCAAGUCCCCAGGCUACAGAGAGGUCCUAAUCCUCUCUCUGGGAUCCUAAUUCCCAGGCCCCCUAGGGACAACCACAACAAGCCAUCAAGUCCCCAGGCUACAGAGAGGUCCUAAUCCUCUCUCUGGGAUCCUAAUUCCCAGGCCCCCUGGGGACAACCACAACAAGAAAGGUGAGCUCCGAACGAGAGGACUCACCCAAUAAAAACAUUAUCACGCAACAACAACACAACAACCAGGCUAAAGGGGGGUCCUAACCCUCUCUCUGGGGUCCUGAUUCCCAGGCCCUGAGGGGUGGUAAUCCCUGAAAAUUUUAGCUUAUUGCUGGUUUUUACAUGACGUCACUAUCCUACCGAGAUUUUUACUUUCACGAUGCAUUAGAGCAGCUGAAAACUAAUUUUCAUACAAAUUUUCGCGUCAAAAGGGUUCUUGGUUUUGUGAUAGAAUGCGCUUGAAUUUCUAAGCUUUUGCGUGACGCGGAAUUUACAUGACGGCCAAAAGAGCUGUCAUGUAGGUUUAAAAAAUGACUUAUUUCAGGAAAUUUUGCCAUCUAAACAGUUCAUGUAUUAGAAAAAGUAUUACUUUCAUGAUUAUGAGUUUCUUGAAGGAUAAAUUCACCCUUUUGUAGCAAAACUCGGUAACAGAUGUUUCUCGGUUAGUUUCCGUCCGCCAUGUUGCAUGGCGUCUCCAUACAAAUCUCUGUAAGUUUAGGGAAAACAUUUCUACGGAUAUCUCGUAUACGAAAUAUUCCUCUGACCUGAGUCUUGGUGAGGGUCUUUGUAUAUGUACCUCAUUUCAUUUCCAAGAUGCUGGACUUUAUCUAUUGAACGGUUUUGAUUUUGAUUUUAAUCUAUUUUGAAUGGCGUGACACUGAAAACUAGCAAUAAUUCCUCUUUAUGAUCCGGAGAACGAAGGAAAUUUUUGAUUUUCGAAUACUGUAAAAACGCGCCUUUUUAAACGAGCAGUCUGCACGUGCGAAGCAUGAAACCGACCUUGAUGAUUUUCUGUCAUGUAUCAUUCUCAACUCAUAAUAUGUUAGAUGUGAAUAAAGAAUUAAAACUGAAAUUCAAUCCAUUAUUUGAAAAAACCUCGAAGACCCAAUCGUCACAGAUUUGAUUUUAACAGUCCGUAUUCUUUCUUACUCCAUAGUAAGUGCAUCAUAAAAGCACGGACAUGCAUACGUGAAUCCCCGGGACUUGAAUAAACUGAAUUUCAGAGGCCGCGGCGCCAAGUCCUUCUUCAUAAUAAUAAGUGAACUCAAAAAUAACUUUCCAUGUCUGAAAGCGCUCAGUACAGUCACAUGCACACAAUAUUGCAAACACAGAUGUCGUUCGAGGCACAAUAUAAUAAGAAUAUUAAGUUAACUAUCGACAGACCAGAAAAAUACCGCACCUGAAUCAUGAGAGAGCAACUCUGAUCCCAAAGGAAGACACACUGGGCUAAGAUGAUUUGCUGCGGAGGAACCUUGACUGUGACGUGCCAGCCGAGAGAGUCGAAACGGCUAAAGUGACGGUACAUGCGAGAGGAUAUCGAAAGUUCAAGAAGAGGAGAAAGCAGCGACAUUCGAGAGGAGGGUUGCACGAUUGUAGAUAAAUGUUCCAAGGACGGAGUUUGACCAAGAGCGGCGGUGCAACAUCUCCUCGUGGAAGUUCUGUCCAGAAAAACUCAAACGCGUACGGCUUGUAUGCAGGUAGAAGACCAAGGUAGCUCUUCCUAAACGGUGAUCUCGUCAUUACAGCUUAGCAAAAAUUCCAAUUCAUGAAGAAAAAAUCCAGGCUAUAAGUAACAAACAUUUUGUUCCACGAAGAGAAGAAUAUGAAGUGCUAUUUUGCUGAGCUAGGCGCGAAAAUAUAGGCAUCAACUGUACAUGUGAUAGCUGGCAUCUAAUUGGCUGAGCGAAACAAUUAGUGUGACAGGGGUCACAAGCAGGAAGUGACCUCUGAAAGGAAGUUAGCUGAUUCACUACUGGUAAGGGCGAGUUUAUGGUUAUCACAUUAACUCCAAUUUAUCCUGUUGUAUAAAUUAGCGGCUACUAAAUUUUAUCAGCUUCUGCACUCUAAUUUUCGAAAGCUGUCUUUCUCAGAGAUAUCAAGCAGUCCGUAUAAACUCUGUUUUAUCUAAUAAAUUACCAGCAGCGCUUACCAUUUGCACGGAAAUUUCGGUAAAAAAUUUCCGCCAAAUGGUACUGUUUUUUUUUUUGGCACCGAAAACAGGAACGGGAUUGAGUUGUACCAUGUACCAUUUACAAAAGACCGGUAAAUUUUUUACUUUCUCUCGACAUGAUGCCUGGCUCUGGUAAUCCAAACAAAUGGUGCAGAAAAUUUAAUUUCGGUCGUUUCGGUAAGAACGGGAAAAAGGUAAUACCUCGAAAGGUAUUACUUCUUUCCGGACAAUUUCCAACGGGAUGAAAAGUUUCAUUUGAAUUCUCCCCGGAAAUUCCGGGUUUUCCAUACAUAUGGUAAGCGCUCCCUGAGUAGUCCGUGGUAUACCGUAGUGAGGCGUUCUGGCAGCAUUAAUUACUAUUCAGUAUUUAUGUAAAUGACCUACCAAAUGUUUAUCAACAUUACUCAACCGAGUACUACAUGGAUGACACCAAGCUUCUCCUGUCUUUUACUGUGAAUUACUCUACUCUUGCUAGAGUGCUAGAGAAUGUGUUAAUUCCGAUUUACAACGGAUACGCCGCUGGUGUUUCGAUAAUUGCUUGAUGCUUAAUCCCUAUAAGACGAGACUGAUUGCUUUUAAAAGCGAUUUUCAAGGGCCUCUAUACUAUAAAUAAGCCCGGAAAACCGGAAUGAGUUGUAGAAUACAAGUUUAUUGUUUGAUUUAAAUUAUAAAUUUAUUAAUGGGAGCUUCGCUUUUAGCCCUGGCUAAAUCUAUAUGUUAAUAAAUUAGCCGGGGGAUUUAAACCUAUUAGAAAAGGAGAAAUACUUUGAAUGAAUAAUAACACGAAAAAACUGGGGAUGUUAUAUGGAUGUUAUAAUAAUAGAAUAGUUAUAAACUUUGGUUUUUUUUUCCUUUAGAUGACAAAUGUGCUGGUGCUAAUUGUCCCGAUGGUCAAACCUGUUAUCUGGCAGACAACGGCAAUGGUUAUGAAUGUAGAGAUGGUAGGGAAUAA